AUGGAUGAAUCAGAAGAGGGCAAUAGGUUAAUUGCAAGUAUACACAAUGCCUUGGGUGACCACGACGUCAAUUUUGGCGACGAUCUGGAUGGUGUAUUGACGUGGAUCAAUCCAAACGAUCCGGACAGUAACCACCAGCUAAGGCCUCCUAUCCUUAGAAUUAAAAAAGCGGUGAAAACUUUGUUCAACUUUAAAGAUGUUGAUGAUACUUUUUUUGAGUUGCUGCGUCAGUUUCUGAUUUACCAGACCCGUAGACACUUUUUCGCUAACUUCGAGGCAUUGCUUAAUUUCAAAGAUGUGCAAAAACUAGAAAAGUACUACGAAUUUCCUCUCAACUUUGUGGUUGUUUUCAGUGCCAGCGAAUGGUUGGACGAGAUCAAUGGACUCCGCGGCUACUUGGUUUUCAGCCAUCCUAUCUUCAAGCAAAACGUCAUGCUACGAUUAAAACAACUUUUGAUUGAAGACGACUUUGAAAUGGCUCGUAAGGUCUAUGAAUGGCUUUGUCAAGCAGAGGGCAGGCCUCUCACAACGUUGCUGAUCGAUAUUAUAUUAGUUAAAGUUCAGAUGUACGCUGCUGCCCAAAUGGGUGCUGUGUGGACCAAACGGUUUGUGAUCGUUGAGACCUUCAAUUCGUUCAUCAGUUCUUAUUGGGGCCCAUUGAGUGAAAUGUUACAGUGUGCAGAAGACGAUCAUGCAGUCACUCAGGAAAUUUAUCAAUGUUUUGAGCACGAGUUCAUCCGCAUACGAACGCAACAAGUGUUUGAGGUCUUUGUUACAGAGUAUCCUGUAUCGAAGCCAACAUUACUCGAACUCCGAAGUGUCUUGAAGACGCCGUCGAGGUACACAAAGCUCAUCACUGAACUUCUGUACCAUUUUGAAGCCAAAAUGCUAAAGCCCAGUGUAACGACUGCAGAAAUCGUGCUAUCUUAUGUUAAAGCCAUAAAAAGCAUACUUACUGUGGACGUGUCGUUUCGAUAUUUUCGUUUGUUGACCGAAUUCGUUCGGCCUUUUCUCAGUGAACGACGGGAUACAGUCGUUACUUUUCUCUACGCUCUGCUUGGACUAGGCUCUUCGGAAUCUAAAGGAACAAGCCAAAAUUCGGAGCAUACCAGGAUUGCAGCCCAACUUGCCGAAGAAUUAAUGGAUUCUCAUAAGCCCAUAAUGAAUUCCACUCUUGAGGGCGGGAUUCAAAUGCUACCAGAAAGGUCACCUGUUUUGAACGCAUACGAACCUAUCUGUCAACAGGUCUUCAACUACUAUCUUCACUGGACACCUGAGCCUAUGGACUCGAUACAAGCGAGCAGUGACGAUGCUUUGAUGAGCAAAAGUUUGUUUGACAUCGUGGUAGACCUAUUCGAAUCCAAAGACGUCAUCAUAACUGCUUUUAUUACUUUAUACACCAAGAAGCUGCUUGAUCUCAAAGGCUAUAAAUUGGAGCAAAACUGGGCAAAGAGCCUCAAGCUCUUGAAGCAAAAAUUCAACCUCAAAAAGCUUCCUGGCAGUCAAGAAAUCUCCAAUGUCAGUAACAUCGAUGUUAUGUUACGGGACAUCAAGCAUAGCGAGAUGCUGUGCUCAGAUCUACACUCUUGGGCCAGCUUGAACCCUACCAUCUUCCCCAAAAUCAUAUCUUAUCUGUUUUGGGGUACUUCUCAAGAGUUCUGUAUGCCUUCUAAAAAUUUAAGACUUCCUCUGGCUCUCGAGCAGGACCUUGAGAGAUACAGAGAAGCUUACUCGGACAUCAAAAAGGGUCGAAAACUUAAAGUUCAUCAAGAGCAAAGCAUUGUAGAGGUGAAUCUCACAUUUGAGGAUAAGCGUACAGUGAAGUUCGAAGUACCACUCAAGAGGGCUGUCGUUCUGUCAUGUUUUUCCGAGCAUGAGGAAUCAAAGGGUCUAACGCAAACCCAAAUCAUUGAGCGCACUGGGGCAAGCGAAGAUGAGGUAGUCCAGGCGCUUCAAUUUUGGCGUAACGCUUCUGUGCUUUAUCAUGACGAGCAGCUUGGUGUAUACAAACCAGUAGAACAUCUGGAAAGUGAAAAAACUAAAGCCUUGACUGACACUGAAGAUUCUGAGAGCAUUGCAACCGGUAAAAAUAGUGAAUUUCACCUCUCUGUGGAUUCGCAGCAAAGGGAGAUCACUGAUGCGAUGGAGAAGGUCUGGCCAUUCAUCAAGGGCAUGCUGACCAACCUGGGGACCAUGAAAGUGGACAAAAUACAUUCUUUUUUGAAAAUAGCUGUGCCGAAAGAAAUUGGAUUUGUGGCGACAGUAUCCCAAUUAGAAGUGUAUUUGAACAUUCUGGUCGAUGAAGGAAAACUAGUCAGUAAUGCGAAUGGAACAUUCAAGCUGGUUAAAUGA